CCGUUUAUCAGCGUAAAUCCCGAACCAAACAUCUCCCAAGAUCUGCAAUGCUACAACAAAAUACAGGGGGCUAAUUCGCAAUAAACCAAAGAAGAAGGACCUUGCAGGAUCACGAACCACAAAGGGUUUAAGCAAAUCACCAGAAGCGAGACUGAAAGCAUCAAUGGCGAAUCAAGAAACAAAGCAAGAAAACCAAGAAGAAGAUUAUGGGGUGUUGUUAUACUACAAGUACACUACUAUUCUUGACCUUGAACAACUAUUCAACUUCUAUGAAUCAAACUGCAACUCUCUUUCCCUUUUGGGUCGUGUUCGCCUCUCUCCCAAUGGCGUCAACGUCACUGUCGGGGGCAAGUUAUCAGCUUUGGAGGAGCACAUUGCUGCAAUGAAGUUGAAUUCUUUGUUUGAAGGGACAGACUUCAAGCUUGCUUCUUGCCAUGAACCAUCAAACGAUAGGGUUGCCAAGGAAUGUGGAUUUACCUCCCUCUCCAUACGUAUAGUUAAGGAAUUGGUAACUUUAAGUUCCUGUCCCCUGCCAAGGUCACCUGAAAUUUCAAAUGCGGGGAAGCAUCUCUCUGCAGCUGAAUUCCACUCUGUCCUUCACAAUGUUGGGAAUUCUCAAGACAAACUGAUUCCAAGCAGUGAUAGAGGAACAGUCCUGAUUGAUGCAAGGAAUUUAUAUGAGACUAGAAUCGGGAAGUUCUAUCCUCCAAAUGUGGAGACUUUGGAUCCAGAAAUCCGGCAAUACAGUGACCUUCCUUCCUGGAUAGAUAAUAACUCCGAGAAGUUGCGUGGGAACAAUGUUCUUAUGUAUUGUACUGGAGGAAUUAGAUGCGAGAUGGCAUCAGCCUAUAUUAGGUCUAAAGGUGAUGGCUUUGAAAAUGUUUUCCAGCUUUAUGGUGGGAUCCAACGUUAUCUGGAGCAAUUUCCUGAUGGUGGGUUUUUCAGAGGAAAGAAUUUUGUCUUUGACCACAGGGUUUCAGUUGGAAGCUCAGAUUCAAGAAUUUUGGGUACUUGUCUUCUCUGUAGUUCUCCUUUCGAUGAUUACUCGUCACGGAGCCGGUGCACGUACUGUAGGAUGCUUGUAUUAGUCUGUGAUAAUUGCAGGGAGAAGGAUUCUUCUUAUGUUUGUGAACUGUGCCAGAAAAACAGCCAGUGUAUUCAGCCAAUUUCAACAACAGAGUUUGACAGCUCAGUGGAAAUAUCAGAAAUCAGGGAGCUUGAAGCUGUCUCUAACUUGGAUAGACUAGCACUACCUCCCUUGGUUUCAGGACCCAAGACAUUACGAAAAUUGAGAAUUCUCUGCCUCCAUGGGUUUCGCCAGAAUGCUUCUGGUUUCAAAGGUAGAACUGCAUCUUUAGCCAAGAAACUCAAGAGCAUUGCUGAGCUUGUUUUUGUGGAUGCACCCCAUGAAUUGUCUUUCAUUUAUCAAAUUCGUCGAAACUGCGAUUCUGCAUCAGAAAUGGAAAAUAACCAUCCACCAACGGAGAGUUGCAAUAAAAAGUUCUCAUGGUUAGUUGCACCUGACCACAAGGGGGAGAACGAUUCUGAUUGGAAGAUAGCUGAUGGUCCAUUUGAUCCUCUUCAGUACCAGAAACAAACUGAAGGUUUCGACAAAUCAAUUGCAUAUCUAAAAGCAUUAUAUUCUAAAGCAGGCCCAUUUGAUGGGAUAUUGGGUUUUUCACAAGGAGCUGCAAUGGCUGCUUUAGUUUGCCUGCAUCAACAGAAGCUAAAAGGAGAGAUGGAAUUCAGAUUUGCAAUCCUCUGCUCCGGAUUUCCUGUCAAUAUGAACAAUUGUGAGCAGGGAUCGAUCAAUGUUCCUUCGCUUCACAUAUUUGGCAACGACAAGGGUAAAGAUAGGCAGAUAGAGAACCAAGCUAGUAGACACCUUGCUUCUGUGUUUGAGAAUGGCUGCUCUGUUGUUAUUGAACAUGACUUUGGUCAUAUAAUUCCAACAAGAGCUCCAUAUAUAGAUCAGAUAAAAGAUUUCCUCCAGCGUUUUCUGUAAGUUAGCUUUGCCUAAGGUAACUCGGGCUUCUUGAUAUAAACCAUCUUUUGCUGUAAAAGAUGUGGGAUUUUAUGCUUAGCUUGUACCCGAUGUUAUAAUUUGUAAACUAUUAAUCAGAGUCCCUUUUCCAAA